AUGGUUUUGAGUGAUGUAACCAGGUUAAAUACAAGGAGUGAUUUUGCAAAGUGGACAGUAAUGGAGUAUAUGAGCACGGGUAGUGAUAGCAAAGAGGAGAUUGACUUGUUGCUAACUGAUCUAAAUAUGUCUGAGGUGAUAGACAUCAUGGAAAACCUUUAUCCAGGUGAAGACAUUGCGGUCUAUGAAAACAGCUUAAUUACAAUGUGUGAAGAGGCGAAUCAAAAUGAUGAACGUGCGGAAUCUUUACUGUUUUGUGAAAGGGAAGUUUCUUUUAUGUCCUCCGUCAAAUAUGGGACUGUGGAAGACCUGCUUGCUUUUGCAAAUCAGGUGUCUAACACUGCAAAACAAUUUAAGGGAUGCAGACAACAAGAAUCUGGAAUCCUCUUGAAUAUGAUCACACCCAAGAAUGGGCGCUAUCAAAUCGACUCGGAUGUCCUCCUGUUUCCAUGGAAGCUGACUUACAGGAACAUUGGCUCUGAUUUUAUUCCUCGGGGAGCUUUUGGGAAGGUGUACUUAGCCCAAGAUAGAGAAACCAAGAAAAGAAUGGCAUGCAAACUGGUCCCAGUGGAACAGUUCAAACCAUCAGAUGUUGAAAUACAAGCAUGUUUCCGUCAUGAAAACAUUGCUGAAUUAUAUGGCGCUAUUUUGUGGGAUGAGACGAUCCAUCUCUUCAUGGAAGCUGGAGAGGGAGGAUCUGUCAUGGAAAAGCUGGAGAGUUGUGGUCCUAUGCGAGAGUUUGAAAUCAUUUGGGUGACAAAGCAUAUUCUGAAAGGACUUGACUUUCUGCACUCCAAGAGGAUUAUCCACCAUGAUAUCAAACCAAGCAACAUUGUCUUUAUGUCAACUAAGGCUGUUUUGGUGGAUUUUGGCCUAAGUGUUCAAAUGACUGAAGACAUUUACUAUCCCAAAGACCUUAGAGGAACAGAGAUUUACAUGAGCCCUGAGGUUAUCCUCUGCAGAGGCCACACAACAAAAGCAGACAUCUACAGCAUGGGAGCUACUAUCAUUCAUAUGCAAACUGGCAUCCCACCCUGGGUGAACAGAUAUCCUCGUUCUGCAUAUCCAUCCUACCUCUAUAUUAUACACAAGCAAGCUCCCCCCUUAGAGGACAUUGCUGAAGACUGCAGCACUUCCAUGAGAGAGUUGCUAGAAGCAGCUCUGGAAAGGAAUCCUAAUCACAGGCUGUCUGCAGCAGACUUACUGAAACAUGAAGCCUUACACCCACCCCCAGAAGAGCAGCCGAGGUGUCAGAGUCUGGACUCUGCAUUGUUUGAAAGGAAAAGACUACUUGCAAGGAAGGAUCUGCAGCUGCCAGAAAACAUUACAGAUUCCUCAUUGUGCAAUGGAAGCAUGGAAGAGUCAGACCUGCUAAAGAGGCAAAGAUCACUCUACAUAGACCUUGGAGCUCUUGCUGGUUACUUCAAUAUUGUUAGGGGACCACCAGCCUUAGAAUAUGAUUGACUCAGUAACAUUUUAUGUUGACAGGUCAGAAGUGAACCUCUACCUCUUAAAACUUGAUUUUAAGACUUGAUUUUCAGAUUUGUACAUAAAACUAUUGCCAUUGUAGGCUGUCAAAUGUGAAUAGUGUUUAAUUGCACAGAUGAUUAAGCUAAACCCUUAGGGACUCUGAUAAGCUGAUCCCAAGCAACAAUAUUUGUGCAUCUGCUGGAUGACCAACAAGAUGGCAAAAAAGAACACUGCUGGGAAUGUCUUAAUCCAGGAUAUCUUCCUGUGCUGGGCCUUGCACUUUUAUAAAACUUAUAAUAUAUGCUUGCAAAUA